AUGUCAUUAUUGGCUAAGUUGUUAAAGCAGAAGAAUAAUUUAAUCAAGUCUGCAAUAUUAAAUGUGCAGAAUAAUUAUUUGAAUGAGCAAUGUAUCAUUGUUGAUGAGAAUGAUAAUCCUUUGCGUUCUGAAUCCAAACGGUUCUGUCAUUCGGCUGAAACAUUAGCCUUACAUCGUGCGUUUAGCGUUUUUUUGUUUACGGAAAACAAUGAAAUGAUCCUGCAAAAACGAGCUGCUCAGAAACUGACAUUUCCAUCGCUAUGGACAAAUGCAUGUUGCAGUCAUCCUUUAUGGAAUGAAUAUGAAAUGUGCACUGACAUGAAUAAUAUUGGAAUUCGACGAGCUGCUAGAAGAAAAUUAAAUCAUGAAUUAGGCAUUCUGUCUGCUAACAUUGAUCAAAUGAAGAUCAUGGGUCGUUUCCUGUAUAAAGCAAUGCAUGAUGAUAAUUGGGGUGAACAUGAGCUUGAUUAUGUUAUUGUUUUGCGUGAUUGUGAUAUUAAUCAAAUUAAACCAAAUCCGGAAGAAGUUGAAGCGAUAGCUGUUGUUACAUCAAUGGAGGAGUUGGCUGAAAUCUUGAAAAGCAUAAUGUAUACGGUCUGGACACGUGCAAAUGCAAUAUUUGCAUUCAUGCUUUCUGUCUUAUCAGCUUUAACAUUUUGCGUUUUCGUAUCCACUGUUUGGUUACCAAAUACUGCACCAGUUACUUUAUCCGCGAAUAAUAUCCGCGUGAAAAAUUUCGUAGAUUAUACAUCAGAAGAUUCACGGAGUGAUGUAGUAAUGGCAGAAUUGAGUAUCAAGGUUGAUGUUGCUUCAAUAUUUAACUGGAAUGUUAAAGAGAUCUUUAUGUUCCUAGUAGCAGAGUACAGUACGCCAAAAACACCUCUUAAUCAGAUUGUACUUUGGGAUAAAGUGUUGAGACGUGGCGAAUGGUCGAAGGUACAUGAGGAGAAUAUUACACCGAAAUACUACUUUAUGGAUGAUGGUAUGAAUCUGUUGAAUCACAAAAAUGUCACGCUUGUACUAAGAUGGAAUGUGGUACCGAAUGUGGGUUAUCUAGCAACGGCGCAGGGUGAAGGACAAUACCGGGUCGAAUUUCCGUCGAACUAUUAUAGUGGCCGAUUUUAG